AUGCGUGCCGAGAGAUCUGUUGCCGAGAGACCACCAUUUUUGAGAUACUUGUUUUCGAGAGACCUAUUGCCGAGAGACCUACAUGUUGUAGAGAGACCUGUUGCCCAGAGACCCAUGCGAGCUGAGAGACCUGCUGCCGAGAGACCUGUUUCCGAGAGACCUAGACCUGUUGUCGAGAGACCUAUUUCGAAGAGACUCGUGUGUGCCGAGAGACCUGUUUCCGAGAGACCUGUUUCCGAAAUACCUGUUUCUGAGAUCCCAGUUGUUGAGAGACCUGUUGUCGAGAGACCCACGCGUGAGAGACCCGUGCAUUCUGAGAGACGUGUUGCCGAAAGACCUAUUUCCGAGAGGCCUGUGCAUGCCGAGAGACCUGCUACCCAGAAAACGGUUUCUGAGAGACCUGUGACCGAGAGACCAAUUUUCAAGAGAUUACUUGAUUCCGAGAGACCUAUUGUCGAGAGACCUGUUGCUGAAAAACCUGUUUCUAGAGACAUGUUUCUGAGAGACCUGUUUCAAAGAGACCUGUUUUUGGGAGACCCGUUUUCGAGAGACCAGUUCCCGAGAGAUCCAUGCGUGCUGAGAGACAUGUUUCCUAGAUACCUGUUAUCGAGAGACUUAUUUUCGAGAUACCUGUUUCUAAGAGACAUGUAUUUGAGAAAUAUGUUUCCAAAAGACCUGUGGUCGAGAGACCCGUGCGUGCAAAGAGACCUAUUUCCACGAGACCUAUUUUUGAGAGACCUGUUGUCCAGAGACCUAUUGCCAAGAGACCCGUGCGUGCCGAGAGACCUGUUGCCGAAAGACCUGUUUCUGAGUGACUUGUUUCUGAGAGCCCUGUUAUUGAGAAACCUGUUGCCAAGAAACCCACGCUUGCAGAGAGACCUUUUUGCCGAGAGACUUAUUGUCGGGAGCCCUGUUUUUUACGAGAGACCUGUUGCCGAGAUGCCUAUGAGUGCCGAGAGACCUAUUGCCGAGAAACCUAGACCUGUUUCUGAGAGACCUAUUUACGAUGGAUCUGUUGCCAAGAGAUCUGUUUUCGAGAGACAUGUUGUUGAGAAACCUGUUGCUGAGAGACUUGUGCGACCGAGAGACCUGUUGCCGAGUGACCUAUUGUCCAAGGGACCUGUUUAUGAGAGGCCUGUUUUUGAGAGACUUGUUGUUGAGGGACCCGUGCGUGCCGAGAGACCUGUUGCCGAGAGACCUGCUUCCGAAAGACUAUUGCUGAGAGACCUAAUUCUGAGGGACUUUUUAUCAAGAGACCAAUUGUCGAGAGACUUGUUGUCCAGAGACCUGUUGCCGAGAGACUUGUUUCUAAGAGACCUUUUUUCGAGACACCUAUUUCGAAGAGACAUGUUUCCGAGAGACCUUUUGCCGAGAGACCUGUUGCCAAGAGACCCGUGCGUUCCGAGCGGCCUGUUGCAGAUAGACCUGUUUUCGAGUGACCUAUUUUCUAGUGACUUGUUGCCGAGAGACCUGUUUCUGAAAGACUUGUUUUCGAGAGACCUAUUGUCGAGAGACCUGUUGCUGAAAGACCUGUUUCUGAGAGACCUGUUUCAAAGAGACCUGUUUUCGAGAGACCAGUUCCCGAGAGACCAAUGCGUGCUGAGAGACCUGUUUCCUAGAUACCUGUUACCGAGGGACUUGUUUUCGAGAUACCUGUUUCUAAGAGACCUGUAUUUGAGAAAUAUGUUUCUGAAAGUCCUGUGGUCGAGAGACCUGUGCGUGCCAAGAGACCUAUUUUCACGAGACCUAUUUCUGAGAGACCUGUUGUCUAGAGACCUAUUGCCAAGAGACCCGUGCGUGCUGAGAGACCUGUUGCCGAAAGACCUGUUUCUGAGAGACUUGUUUCUAAGAGCCCUGUUAUUGAGAAACCUAUUGCCGAGAAACCCACGUGUGCGGAGAGACCUUUUUGCCGAGAGACCUAUUGUCGGAAGCCCUGUUUUUGGCGAGAGACCUGUUGCCGAGAUGCCUAUGAGUGCCGAGAGACCUGUUGCCGAGAAACCUAUUUUUAUUGUUUUCGAAAGACCUGUUGUCGAGAGACCAUAUUCCAAGAGACCUAUUUCUGAGAUACCUAUUUACGAUAGACCUGUUCCCGAGAGAUCUGUUUUCGAGAGACAUGUUGUUAAGAGACCUAUUUUUGAGAGAAUUAUUGUCAAGAGACCUAUUUCCGAGAGACUUGUUGUUGAGGACCUAUUUUCGAGAGACUUGUGCGUGCCGAGAGAC